AUGGGGGAUUGGGGAAGAGCCGCGGCCGCGGCCGCCCGUCCCCGCAGCGCCUAGCCCUCGUCGGCGUCGCCCCCGCCUCUUCCUCGUCCCGUCUAUCCGGGAGAGGGCACCGGAGUCGCCAAUCAUGGUGACCGAGGCGGUGGCUCCUCGCACCAAGAAGAGAAGGAUGGAAGCUGAUCAGCGGGAAGAACCGGACGGAAUCGUAAGCCUCCCACCACAAGAUCUGCAGCUGCGGCCGCCGGCGACGGGUGCGCUCCAUCCCGAGUCUACAUGCCACCGCCAAGGACCACUACCUGACACCGGAGGAGAAGAAGGGGAGGACGUAGACCGCAUCAGCUCCCUCCCCGACGCAAUCCUUGGUGAGAUCAUCUCCCGACCAAGGACGGCGUCCGCACCCAAACCCUCGCCUCCCGGUGGCGCCACCUCUGGCUCUCCACCCCGCUCAACCUUGAUCACAAGAGCAUGCCCACCGACGAGGAAGCACAAGCAGGCAUCAUCUCCCAGAUCCUUGCCGCCCACCCAGGCCCCGUGCGCCGCUUCUCCGUGCCCCAGCUCGACGACCUUUACCACCGCGACGCUACGGUCGACGCCUGGCUCCGGUCCCCGGCUCUUGACCACCUCCAGGAGUUCGAGUUCCACAACGGAGCACGGGCGCUGCGUCGAUCCCUGCCGGCCUCCGCCUUCUGCUUCACCACCACCCUCGUGUCUUUACCAUGAGCGAAUGCCAUCUCCUAGACGAGACAGUCCAAACAUUCCAGUUCCCUCAGCUCAGGCAGCUCUCACUAAGUCACUAUGUAGUGUUAGCAUUUCGGAGGUUGCACUGCACGGCAUCAUCUCUCGCUGCCCUGUUCUGGAGUACUUGCUGCUCAAGGACACUGGCUUCCAUUGCCUGCGGAUUAACUCCCCUAGCCUUAAAAGCAUUGCCAUCAGUUCAGGGGAACUAAUCAUUGAAGACGCACCUUUGCUCCAAAGGUUGCUUCAACUUCAACCACGUUCUGGCUUGAAUGUAUCAGUAAUUUCAGAACCCAAAGUGGAGACCUUGGGCUGCCUUGGUUACGACUCCAACCUGGUAUUUGGCACCUCAGUAAUUCAGAAAUUGUGGGCAGUUAGAUUUACGACAGUGGUGAGCAGUGUCAUGAUUUUAGCUAUCUGUCUUUAUAACCUCAACCUGGAUCUGGUUAUCAACUUAAUGAGAUGCUUUCCUUGCUUGGAGAAGUUGUACAUCCUGCCAUCUGGGAAACAAGCCAGAAAGCUUCUGAGCAGUAAGCACCGUGAUCUUAUCAGAUGCAACAACCUAUGGCGCCGUAAGCACCGUGAUCUUAUCAGAUGCCUUGACAUCCGCCUGAAGAAAGUUGUUCUGAAAAAUUAUCGAGGCAUAAAGUCACACGUUAACUUCGCGUCGUUCUUUGUGCGGAAUGCGAAAAUGCUGGAGUUAAUGAGGUUUGAGAUUUCAGAGUACAAUGACAAUGAAGUGUUUAUUGCUGAGCAGCAUAGGUUACUUCAGCUGGAGAAAAGGGCAUCUAGAGGUGCUCAAUUUUAUUUUACAACUGGUCAUAUAUGUCACGGCUAUCUUAGUGGCUGCUAUCUUAAUCAUAUCAAGCAUGUCAGUGAUUUGUCUAUAACUGAUCCAUUUGAAUGUGUACAUUGAAAGUCGUUUUGCUGUAUGUUUGUCCUGCAAUUAAUUAUUCUUGUCUGUUUUGUUGUG